CAGAAAUUCAAGCAACGAAACGCCGAACCACCACCACCCCCUCCGCAUCACACACAAUGUCGAAGCCAGGAAACCGCGCCGACUGGGCCGACGACGAAGAGUUCGACGACCCCUCCGCCCUCCCCGCACAGCAGAUCACGACGAACAAAGAUGGCACGAAGACAGUGGUGUCCUACUACAUCAACGACGAGUCGAAGAAGGUGAAGGUGACCCGUCGGAUCAAGACCACCGUGGUGCGCGAACAUGUCAACCCGCAGGUCGCGGAGCGGAGGUCCUGGAGCAAAUUCGGCCUGGAGAAGGGCCACGCCCCCGGUCCCUCGUUCGACACCACCUCCGUCGGCGAGAACAUUGCUUUUCGGCCCAGCGUCAACUGGAAGGUGCAGGCCGCGGAGGAGGAGAAGAACGGCGGCGAGAAGGGCGGCAUGAAGGAUCAGCUCAAGGACAAGAAGGUCAAGUGUCGUAUCUGUUCCGGUGAGCAUUUCACGGCCCGCUGUCCCUUCAAGGAUACCAUGGCGCCCGUGGAUGAUUCGGCUGGUGGUGCUGGCCUCGAGGCCGGUGACGAGGAUGCUCCUGCUGCUGGUGGGCUCGGCGCUGGUACCUCCAGCUAUGUCCCGCCUCAUCUACGGAAGGGUGCUGCGAGUGGUGGCGAGCGCAUGGCUGGCAAGUUCGAGAAGGACGAUCUGGCGACUCUGAGAGUUACAAACGUGAGCGAGUUGGCAGAGGAAGCCGAACUGCGGGAUCUGUUCGAACGCUUCGGUCGUGUCACCAGAGUCUUCUUGGCCAGAGACAGAGAGACCCAGAGAGCCAAGGGCUUCGCUUUCAUCAGCUUCGCGGAUCGGGACGAUGCUGCACGUGCCUGCGACAAGAUGGAUGGCUUCGGUUACCGCCACCUUAUCCUGCGCGUCGAAUUCGCCAAGCGGACCACUUAGAUUCCUUCGCCUUCCUCCUUCCAUCAUCAUCAUCAUCCUUCCUCUUCCCCUUUCCCCCACCCCAAAUAACUUUUUUUCCCCCCCUUUUUUGGUCCCGUUUAACGACACCUUGGGUUUUCUUCGACAAGGCGGAUUUCAUUAUUCCUCUCCAUGGCUGAAGAAUCUUCUCUCUCCGCAUCUAACCAACUUUUCUUUGUACUGUAUGAUCCGAUCGAUAAUGAUGAUUACUGAAAAGGCAUCCAAACGUGUCAUGCAAAUUUUGUGUUUUGUUUUUCCUGUGUGUCCUUUUGUCGAUUCUAUACAAAGAAAAGCAGCGGGUUCGGAAUUUUGCGCCCCUCCCUCCAAUUUUUUGACUCCCCCUUCUAAUGCUCUUGCAUUUUCCUCCCUUCUUCUUUACUCGGGAUAGCUCUGGGAUAUGAAGUAUUCUUAGAUGGAAAAAAAAA